GACAGCUAAAGUUGGAAAUGAAACCCAACCUGUAAUGUCACUUAUUCUCUGUAAGGAUACAGAAACAACACUUGAGUCGUAAUGGAGUAUCAAAGCAAGAGGCGUCGGAAAGAAAACCCAGAUGGCAAUGUGGUCAACAGAUGGACGGGUGUGAACGAGCGCACUUUCAUCGCCGUGAAGCCGGAUGGUGUCCAAAGGAGGCUAGUAGGAGAAAUCAUCCACCGCUUUGAGAGAAAGGGCUUUAAACUAGUUGGCCUGAAAUUCCUGCAGGCUUCUGAGGAGCAGUUGAGGGAACACUACUGGGAACUGAGAGAGAAGCCGUUCUACAAAGGCCUUGUGAAAUACAUGAGCUCUGGGCCUAUUGUAGCAAUGGUAUGGCAAGGCCUGGAUGUUGUGAAAACCUCCAGAAAGAUGCUCGGAGAGACAAACCCUGCCGACUCUCUUCCAGGAACCAUCCGAGGAGAUUACUGUGUGGAAGUGGGCCGGAACAUUAUCCAUGGCAGUGACUCCGUGGAGAGUGCUCAGAGAGAAAUCUCCCUGUGGUUCAAAGAGCACGAGCUCAUCUGCUGGGAAGAGGGCACGGAGCACUGGAUCUACGCAUGAUGCCCUCCAUUUCCCACAUCUACACACAGCAUUGUGGCCUGAUAUACAGUAUAUGUAGCAAUACGAAAUUGUUUGUUUCCUGAAGUACAGUUCGACAGAAUUGGUACAAAAGCUUGAAUUUCUUGUGGCACUUCUAGGAAAGCGCUAGCAGGUAUGGCAGAGCACUCUGUACUUGGAGCACUCUCUUUGAAAGAAGUCUUAUUGCUGUUUUGAAAGGUUAAAAUAUUGAUUAGUAGUUAAAUGCAUGCUGUUUCCUUUGCAAUGUUCAAAACGUACAAUGAAGUGUCAUCUUGUUUUUUUUUUUCCCCUAGAUGGAAGUAGAAACACUUGUAGUAGAGAACCUGGGUUAGAUCUGUAUGUGUAUAUAAUUUAGGACAGGCUAACUCAACUAUUAUAGGCUAAUUGUGUGCCAAAAUCGCUAUCCGGGGCGAACAGGGUGAAAAUUACCAAUCCAAGAUGGCUGCCGGUAGCCAUAUUGAAAAAAAAAUCAAUUUUUGAACCACUCACCACAGAAGUAUGUGCAAUACUUCAUUUUAUGGGUUUUUGGGUAUGGGGAAUCCAUUAGUGACGACAUUUUCAUGAUUCAAGGAAACCAGUGAUGGGCAAGGUUAAAAAAAAAACCACACCAAAAAUUGGUGUUUAACAGAAAACAUGAGAAAAAUAGAAUAACCCUAUCUCAAACAUGAAAUCAUGGAAUUGGGAGACCUGUGCACAUAAUUUAGGAGAGUAUAAGAAAGCAAGCAUUUGAUUAAUAUAAAGAAAUUGUAUUUUCAACCAUACUAUUAUGAUCAAUGGAAUGUUAACUUGGUGAAAAAUACAAAACAUUACUUUAGUAGGCAGCAAUAUCUUGAAAGCCUAAAUGUUUAACAGCCAACAAUACAACUUUUAACAUCACGUUAUUACUGUUUGUGUCGCAUAAACCAGGGGUCAGGAACAUGAAAAGUAAGAUGAUAAUAAUAAUACCGGCGGCCAUCUUGGAUUGAUAAUUUUCAUGCUGUUUGCCGUGGAUAGCGAUUUUUGGCACACAUCCGAAGUUAUUCCUUGGCGUCAAAUUAGUCUAUAACAGUCAAGUUAUCCUCUCCUAAAUUAUGUGCACACCUGUCUAGACUAUUAAUGCUAUAGAAUAUUUAUCUUCAGCUCAUUCAUCAAGGGCCUGUUAGUCAUUCAUCAGCUUGCGUUUAAAUGCUGACGACUGUUACAUAUCGAGUUCUGGAUGUGAAUAAUUGCAGAUUUAAGCCAAAAAAAUGAUCUAAUACUUGAGUAAUGUAGAAUUUAUAACCUUGACCAAAAUGUACUGUAUGUAUUUAACAGUCUCAGAAGGAAGGCUUAUGCUAAUAUGAGCCAUUGACCACGCCCCUCAGCAACUUUAUUAAAGCUAUAUAUGUUUUUAAACUUUAGGAAAAGAAAACGCCAGUUUUGUUUCAGUAUUGCUCGAGGCCUCUUGUAGAUCCUGAAGUGUAUGUGUUAUUGUAUGUACGAACGACAAAAGCAAUAAUGAGCUGAGUGAGCUUGUUCACCUUACAGGGCUUACACUUGUGCUGUUUUUGCACUAGCUUUCACUUUUUAGCUCGUCUGACCAUAAGGCUGAUGAGCUGUUGCCGUGGCGUCCGUCGUCCACAAUUCAGUUAAAUCGUAUCUCCUCAGUCAGUUCUCCACGGAUUUCUGUUCCAAUUGUUUCAUUUCAAAGAACUCAUCACUCCGCACAAAACUUGGUCGUUGUUUUGUCAAAUUAUUUUGCUUAGGAGUUACUAAUUAGGCCAAAUUAACAAAUUUUCCAGGCCUCUCACUAGAAUUUUUUUUUUUUUUCCUCAUCCGAUUCCAGUUUUGGGUAACUCUUCCCAUGAGGAACAAAACUUACUUUGUUGAUUUUCUUGUUGUAAAUUUGUGUACAACUUUUUUCAGUUAAAUCAUAUCUCCUCCCUCAGCUCUGAUUGUUUCAUUUGAAAGAACUAAUCCUUCUCCACAAAACUUGGUCAUUGUAUUGUCAAAUUUUUGCGAACGAACUGCUAAUUAGGUCAGCUUCAUGAAUUUUAGGACUUCUCUUUAGAAUGAUCUCCUCUCAGUUCUGAUCGAUGUUUUGGGUCGAGCUUCCCUUGGGGAACAAAACUUGAUCGUUUUCUUGUUAACAACUUGUUUACAACUUUUUGUUUACUUUCAGUUAAACCGUGUCUCCUCUCUCAAUGGAUUUCAGUUCUGAUUGUUUAAUUUGAAAGAACUGGCCCUUCUGCACAAAACUUGGUCAUUGUAUUGUCAAAUUUUUGCUAACAAAUGAGUAACUAGCACUACGUUCACGCUGCAGGCUGAAGUGACUCAAAUCCGAUUUUUUCGCCCAUAUGUGACCUGUAUCCGAUCUUUUAUUGACAAUAUGAACGACACAGAUCCGAUUUUUUUCAAAUCCGACCCAGGCCGUUUGGAUAUGUGGUCCUAAUUCCGAUUCCUAUCCGAUCUUUUCAUAUGCGACUUCAGUCUGAACCGCCAGGUCGCAUUCAUCCGACUUACACGUCAUCAACAAGCCACAAACGUCACUAUUCUGCGCUGAAGUAGGCGGCGGGUCUCUCAAAAAAAGUUACAAAAACAUGGCGCAUGACACGUUCCUUUGAACGGAGGUUGCAGUCACUACCCCGCAGAACGCCUGAGCCAAAACCCUUGUCCUCUUCCUUCUCAACCUCCUCCUUAACAUCAGGCUAUUGUGCAUGUUCUGGCUCCGUCGCAACAACUGCAUCAUCGCCAGGUACUCCAUGCUGGCUACUGUCAUACACAGGAAACUUUAGGUUACUUCCGUAAACACUGGCCGUGCUCACUGCGUGUGACGUCGUCGUAUCCUGCAAUGCGCAUGCGGAACACUUUUAGGUCGCUUUUCGUUCAUACUGAGGAUCACAUACAAGUCGCAUAUAUUUGUUAAUGUGAACGACCUCACAAAAAAAUCAGAUUUCACAAAAAAAAUCGGAAUUGAGCAUUAAGCCUUGCAGUGUGAACGUAGCAUAGGUCAACUUCACAGAUUUUCGUCUGACUAGAAUUGUAUCUCAUCAUGCAAAUUCAGUUCUGAUUGACGUUUUGGGUCGAUCUUCUAUUGAGGAACAAAAUUUAGUCUUUUGUUGAGUUUCCUGAUGUAAACGAUUUGUCAUGGAAGUUGCUCCUCUCUCACUCAUGUUUCAGUGGUAAUGGUUGUUUUGAUGGCAGGCCAGAUGAGCUGCUACGUCCUUGACGUUCUGGUCUUUUUCUUUUUUUUAACUACAUGUUUUAGUUUCUUGUGCUCUGCUCAAGCGUGCUUUUUAUUUUAUAACAAAGGGUUUUCUAAAGCUGUUCACUUUUUGUACAUGUUCCACGACAGUACAUAAGUUAUGAUCCUCAAGUUCCUUGGAAGGCCAUGUAACACAUGGAAAUGUUAUUACUCAAGGUGUAUCAGGUUAAAGGAAAUAAAGAAGCUACUGAAAA